GUCCCUGGUUAUGAGGAGCAGGAGCAGUUUAUAUUUAUAUUUAUACAACAUAUUUAUCGCGUCGUAGUCGUUUUCUUAUUUUUCUCAAGGGAGACGUAAACCGAGGGCUGUUGCAAUGUGGAUUCAGGUGCGCACUAUGGAUGGCAAGCAGACCCAUCGGGUCGACUCCUUAUCAAAGCUUACUAAGGUGGAUGAUUUGAGAGUCAAGAUCCUGGAGCUCUUCGACGUGGAGCCGGAGAGACAGAGGCUGUUCUACAGAGGCAAACAGAUGGAAGAUGGCCACACCCUCUUCGACUACAACGUGGGGCUCAAUGACAUAGUGCAGCUGCUCGUGCGGCAGGCUCCGCCCCCCCGGCCUUUGCCCAAGGACAAGGAAGGGGAGCUGUCGGACUCGGACUCUGGCUGUGGCUCGGGUCAGAGCGACUCGGACAAGAGCUCCACUCAUGGGGAGUGUGAGGGCCAGAGUGCUGGGACCUCGGCCCAGGCUGACCUCAUCGACCCAGGCUUUGGCUCAUAUAAAAUAAAUGAAUUUGUGGAUGCUCGGGACUUGAAUAUGGGGGCUUGGUUUGAAGCUCAGAUCGUUGAUGUCACGAAGGCGCCAAAAACAGAUGGAGGAGGAGGUGUGGAGAUGGAUGGAGAGGAGGAGUUCCUCUACCAUGUCAAAUACGAAGACUACCCAGAGAAUGGCGUGGCGCAGUUGCAGGCCAAGGAUGUUCGCCCGCGGGCCCGCACCAUCUACCAGUGGCACCAGCUGGAGGAGGGCAUGAUCGUGAUGGUGAACUACAACCCUGAUGAGCCCAAGGAGAGGGGCUACUGGUACGACGCCCAGGUCCAGCGCAAGAGGGAGACGCGCACCCAGCGAGAGAUUUUUGGCAAAUUACUGCUUGGGGAUGCUGGUGACUCUCUCAAUGAUUGUCGGAUCAUGUUUGUGAGCGAGAUCUACAAGAUCGAGGAGCCCGGGAGCCGCGAGGGACCCGUCGCCACCUCCGACAGCCCUCUGAAAAGGUCCAACGGGCCAGAGUGCAAGCUGUGUAAAGAUGACCCCAAGAAGAACUGCCGCUGGUGCAACUGCCGCGUGUGCGGUGUGAAGCAGGACCCAGACAAGCAACUGCUGUGUGACGAGUGUGACAUGGCUUUCCACACCUACUGCCUCACCCCGCCUCUCACCUCCAUCCCAGAGGACGAGGACUGGUACUGUCCAGAGUGCCGUAACGAUGCCAGCGAGGUCGUACUGGCUGGAGAGAAGCUCAAGGAGAGCAAGAAGAAAGCCAAGAUGGCGUCUGCCAGCUCAUCCAGCCAGAGGGACUGGGGCAAGGGUAUGGCAUGUGUUGGGCGUACAAAACAGUGCACCAUCGUUCCAUCAAACCACUAUGGGCCUGUGCCAGGGGUGCCCGUGGGUACACUAUGGAAGUUCAGAGUGCAGGUAAGCGAGUCCGGUGUUCACAGACCUCACGUGGCCGGCAUCCAUGGUAGAAGCAACGAUGGUGCCUACAGUCUAGUGCUGGCCGGAGGCUAUGAGGACGACGUGGACGACGGCAAUGAGUUUACGUACACGGGCUCCGGCGGCCGAGAUCUCUCUGGCAACAAGAGAACAGCUGAACAGUCCUGUGACCAGAAACUCACCAACAUGAACAGGGCGCUGGCGCUGAACUGCAACGCUGCCGUGAACGAGAAGGACGGUGCAGAGGCCAGGGACUGGAAGGCAGGGAAGCCCGUCAGGGUGGUGCGUAGCUCCAAGGGUCGCAAACAUAGCAAAUAUUGCCCCGAAGACGGCAACAGAUACGACGGCAUUUACAAGGUGGUGAAGUACUGGCCAGAAAAGGGGAAGUCCGGGUUCCUAGUGUGGAGGUACCUGCUCAAAAGAAACGACGACGAACCAGCACCGUGGACCCGAGAUGGCAAAGAGCGCAUUAAAAAACUGGGCCUCACCAUGCAGUAUCCUGAAGGCUAUUUGGAAGCAGUAGCGGCCAAGGAGAAAGAGAAAGAGAACAAGAACGAGGAAGAGGUGACCGACACGCCCACCAAAGGCAAGAGGAAGAGGAAAUCUCAGACAGUUGAGGAGGAGGAGAAACGGUCGCCGUCCAAGAGCACACCCAAGAAGGUCAAAAUGGAGGCGUACAAGCUGAACAAGGAGCAGAAGGCAUUAAUUAAGGAAGACGAGCUUAACAAGAAACUCUGGGAUGAAGCCAUGGAAUCUCUAAGUCUUGGACCGCGAUUCCUAAACAAAGUGGAGGAGGUUUUCUUGUGCAUUUGCUGCCAAGAAGUUGUUUAUCAACCAGUCACCACAGAGUGCCAGCACAACGUCUGCAGGGAAUGUCUUCAGCGAUCUUUCAAAGCAGAGGUGUACACCUGCCCGGCUUGCCGACAUGACCUCGGCAAAAAUUACCAGAUGGUGGUGAACAAGGCUCUCCAGGCCAUCCUGAGCCAACUCUUCCCGGGCUACAGCAGCGGCCGAUGAUGAGGUGUCUGGUCCCACAUGGGAGCGACCAAUGAACUGAGAGCGAUGCGUCGAGACUGAAUUCAGCGGAACUAAAGCGCGGUUCACCUUUUAAUAUAUUUUAACAGAUAUACCGUAACAAGGGUGUAGGAUGAGCCUGCAGCCCCAGCUGUUAACUUUUGUUUUUGGUCCGAUUUUUAUCGGGGCUGUACUUUUAUGUACUCUAAUCUGCGUUUUAUUUAGCACCCAGUUCUCAUCAGGUAGGUAUUUCUCUGCCCCCCUCCCAAUAUCCUUUAUUCACAGAUUAAAUGUAAUUGCUUUUAUUUAGUGAUGUUUUUAGGUGUAGGAGGAAGUGUCGUGCCCUAAUUGUACUCUGCACCAGCACAUCAUUUGAAAACCAGCUACGCACAACUGCACUAUUUGCUUUCAGCAAAACUUUUUUUUUUUUCUUUCUUUUUUUUUUUUUUUCUUUUCUUUUUUGCCAGGGAUAAGUGGGCAUAUUUUUGAUUACAGGUUUGUAGGUAUGCACUGGUAUCAGGACCCAUUGAAACUUGGACAUUUUGAAGUUGAUAAAAUAUUUGUUUUAGGUCUAAUAGCAGUAUACUCUGAAACCAUCUACAGCUUUAAAAUGUUUUAAUCCUUUCUCCAUGGGUGAUUUAACAAAUUUUGAUCAAUUAUGAGAUAUGCAUCAUUCAUAUAAAAACCAUUGGCUUAUCUUUUAUGACUUUUGUCUUGGCUUUGCUUUCUAACUACUGUUUGUGCUUAGAUAUUUCACUUCAUUGUGAUGUCAUCAUUAUUACAGACAUCGCAGACGUUCCGCUUUGUGAUGCCGUUAUGCAGGAGAAACCACAUGGACUUAACUCUUUGGAACAAAUGCCCACUGGGCUACUCUCAGUAACUAUUUAAUGAAAUUAUAAGUUGUUGCUCAGUGAAGUUAUUAGCUCUUUCUUGUUUUGAUUUAUUGUUUUUCUCACAUUAUUUGCUGAAUACACGCCUAAGGCUACAGAUUUUUUUAUUUUAUUUUUUUUUAUUAUUAUUAUUUUUUUUUACCUCAAUUAUUCUAAUAUUGCUUAGACUGGAAAUGUAUAUUCUGAAAUUUAAAUUGUAUAUUUUUAGCACUUGUAUUUAGCUGUUUCAUGUAGUUGUAGAUGCUAUUUUUCUUGCACUGUUUUGGUGCUGAAUUUUUCAAUAAAACAUUUUC